CAGCCCAGGCUCAGGCUGAGGCAGGGCCGGCAUGAAGAGCCCAGUUCCAGCAGCCAGGGCCUCCUCCAGAGGAGGAGCUCACAGCCUCUGACCUCACAAUAGCCCGGGCCCGCUGGGCCAAUCUUGCAAACCCUGGUGCCAUCCUCCAGCCCGGGCAAGGCCCGGGGCUCUGGGCAGCCUGCAGGCACUGCGCUCCCUGGGCAUGUCUCUCCUCACCAAUUAUGAGGGGCUUCGGCAUCAAAUUGAGAGGCUGGUUAGGGAAAAUGAGGAGCUGAAGAAGCUAGUACGGCUGAUUCGGGAGAACCACGAGCUCAAGUCAGCAAUCAAGACACAGGCAGGCGGACUGGGCAUCAGCGGGUUCCCAGGAGGGCUCAACGAGGCCAUGGCUGCCCCUGCUGCCCACCAGGGUGUCUUCAUGCCCCAGUCACCGGCAGCGGCGAGUGAGCCCAUCCUAGAAGACGUGGGGAUCAUGUCUCUGGCCCCCCUAGCUGAAAUGCUGAGCAAUCAGCAGCCCAGCCCUCUCAGCUCACUGCUGACUGGCACAGGAUCAAUCACACAGAGCACCCCUCUCACGGGCAUCCUGACGGGUACCCUGGGCAGCCACCUGACAGGCUCUAUGGCAGUACCCCCAUCAGGCACGCUGAACAGCUCCCUGGGCCUGCCCUCCACUGCCCCCCUGGCUCCAAGUAGCCACCUAGCUGGCUCCAUUGCGGUGCCCCCAACAGGCACACUGAACAGCUCCCUGGGACUACCCUCCACCAGCCCCCUAACUCCAGGCAGCCAGCUGGCCAGCUCUGUGGCAGUUCCCCCAACAGGCACGCUGACCAGCUCUCUGGGCCUGCCCUCCACCAGCCCCUUGACUCCACGCAGCCACUUGCCUGGCUCAAUGGCAGUGCCCCCAGUGGGCACACUGAGUAGUUCGCUUGUCCUGCCCUCCACCGGCACAUUCACUCCAAGCAGCCCCCUGGCUGGCCACCUAGCCAUGUCACUGAACAGCACCCUGCUCCCCUCCACAACUGCCUCCAUUGGCAUCAAUCAGAACCUUGUGCCCACCCCCAUGAAUAAUCGGGUGGCAUCAGAGGCACCAAGGGUACGGCCGCCAGAACCACUCCAAGGAAGUGCCCCUGGGCCUCAGCCCUCCAAAGCCCCAUUCUCUACUGAGCAUCCCCGCUCCAACCAGGACCCGGAGCCCCAGAGCAUGGUGUUUGUGGGUGCACCCCUCCAGGCCUCCAGCCCCAUCACACCCAAUCCCAUGCCUGCCUUCCUUGUCACUUCAGAUGCCAGUUCUGCUGCCCCCCCAGAACAAGCGACUCCUGCCUCUGUCCCAAAGUCCACAGGCGGUUCCCCCACUGUCCCUCCCACUACCUCCAUUCCUACCCCACAAUCUGCAACCUGCCAAACUCUCUCCAGCACCACCCACGGGAACAACCGUACAGCUCACUCUCCCACCCGGGCACACCACUCCCCCACCCGGCCACUUACUUCCCAGUCCCCUUCACGAAAUCCCCACUCCCCACCUCGAGCCUCAUCCUCCCCCGCUUCGGUCCCCCGAGUCAAUGAUACAUCUCGGAAGAGCAUCCUGGACUUGGAGCGAAAGCUGGCCCACCGCAAGACCAGCAAGUUCCCCGAUAUCUGCCGAGAGUCGAAGCAGCUGGCCUGGGAGAGGCUGGUGGGGGAGAUCGCCUUCCAGCUGGACCGCCGGAUCCUGUCCAGCAUAUUCCCAGAGCGUGUGCGCCUCUACGGCUUCACCGUCUCCAACAUCCCUGAGAAGAUCAUCCAGGCCUCCCUAAAUCCCAAUGACCACAAGCUGGAUGAGGAACUCUGCCAGACGCUCACACAACGCUAUGUGUGCAUCAUGAACCGGCUACAGAGCCUAGGCUACAAUGGGCGGGUGCACCCUGCACUGACAGAGCAGCUGGUGAACGCCUACGGUAUCCUGCGUGAAAGGCCAGAGCUGGCGGCUUCUGAGGGCGGUUCCUACACUGUGGACUUCCUACAGCGUGUGCUGGUGGACACAGUGCACCCCAGCAUGCUCAGUGAUGCACUGCUGCUGCUCUCCUGCCUCAGUCAACUGGCCCAUGACGAUGGCAAGCCCAUGUUCAUCUGGUGACGCCAUGACUUCAGCCAUGGCUCCUCACCCCCACCCGCCCUACCAUUAAAGCCUCCCAUGGCUUGCUGCUUCCA